AUGGAACUCUUCCCAGCGCCAACAGUGGACGAGAAUGAGGUGCGCUACUGCUUCUUCCUGCCCUCUUCAGCCCGACCCCAAGCUGAGCUCCUUCAAGCCGCAGAACAGCAGUGCAGCACCUACUUAGACUUCGCAGCUCAGCAAACACGCGAUUUUUUGUGGCACAAACACCGUUUCCACCUCGAAGUGCGCGCUACCAAGACUGGGCGUUAUAUUCUGUCAGGUCGUUCCAGCGUUGGUGAUGCAGUUCAGGACGAGUGGUUCGUGGCCAAGCUCGUGUUCGACAUAACUGCCGAGUUUCCAUAUGUCGUCGGCAGGGUAUGCGACUCAGACGGGGAGUUCCUACUCAUCGAGAGCGCAGAGGCGCUGCCUGAUUGGGUCACACCUGAGGACAGCGACCGACGAGUAUUCAUACUCAAUGGGAAGUUGCACAUUGCCCCACCCGCAGCUACCAACAAGAGAGGCAAAGAAGGUGAUCUGUACGACGAAGACGCGUUGCUACAAGUGCUGGACGCGAGUGUGAAGACAGAGGCGAGUACAGCCGUGCAGCGUCUGAUUCGUCACAAACUGGACCAAAUUCCUACCUAUCUGCGCGACAAUCGCCAUCGUGUCCGAUGUCUGUUACCGGACAGAGCCGCACGGGUAUUAACAGCCAAUAAAGAGCUGGUGGGACCUGCAGUCGAGGCGUUCUACUAUCGCGAACCCAAACAAGCAGGGGCGGUAUGUGCAAAGAUGGCUACUUUUAUGUCGUCAGGAGAUACUGUUGUGGAACAGCAAGUUACGUUCUCUAGAGCCAUGUUUGCACAACUGAAGCAGCAGAAAUUCUUCCCACCGAAGCCAUUGCUUCGUCUGGAUGCGCGCUAUCGUGUACUGGAGAGAAAAAGUGAGGAAAAUGCGCAUCCAGACGCCCAAGCCGCAGAUAUUGGAGUGAAACUCACCUGUGGGCUAGAGUUGCUGUACGCUGGAGACGGUGAAGACCAGCUUGGGCGACCGUGGAAGCAGGUAAUCGAUGAAGCAGUGCAGCAAGAAGCGAAGCUCUCGACUUUGCCGGUUGAAGCUGACGAUGAUGAUUCGUGGCUGUACAUGCAUCCGGAUACACUGGAGAGUCAGCUUCAACGUGCUGCUGUGGCGGGAUCUGAUACGGCAUCUGGAGGCGCGGACGAGCUGCAGAACAUGGCUGCUAUGUUUGGCAAGUUUGUGGAUGGAGUGUCCGGUGUGGACGGCGUGGAAGGAGCGGAGCCUGUCCAGUUCGACAUGAGCUCCUUCAUGGACAUUUUGAACGGCCACGGAGGCGCUGACUUGAACGCGCCAUGGGGUCAACACUUUAUGGAUGAAGACGAACCUGAUAGUGAUAAUGACUCUGAGGAUAACGGAAGCGACGAGAAUGCGUUGGAUGAGGCUAUGGCUGAGAUGGAGGCGGAGUUGGUAGGAACCAAUGUAGCCAGGAGUUUCUCGCGCUUUGAAGAGGUUGGCUCAGCCUCGUUUUCGUCCGCAAAGCCGCUGGAUCUGGACUUUAAUCUGCUCUCCAACUUGCUCGAGUCAUUCGCAUCCCAAAAAGGUCACGCUGGUCCUGUCAGCAACAUUCUCAACGAAAUGAACUUCCCCAAGUCGACACCGUAA